AGGUGGAGAAAGAGGGUAAGGUAAACCUCUAUCAGCCGACUCGAGGCGUUCCGUUCUCCUUUCCUGUCGUUUCCAGGACUGUGCGAUAGCAGCAUUCGGCAUUUCUGAGUUCAAAUUUGCGGCGACUGUGAAAUCCGAAGAAUACAGUAGGGAACGGCUAUACCGGUACCGCGCCGAUGAAUUACUUCUGCCCGCCGGGGUUUUUGUCAUCGUUGGAAUACGAGCACCAGCACUUUGUUGCAGAUGCAAGAGACUGCGUCGAAGACUGCUGCCUCGUUUGCCCAGCAGCCUUCGUCCUCUUCCCCAAAUCCACCAAACACUCCCUCGACGCAAUCCCCAUAGUCGCAUCCGUCUCCCUCGGACUCACACUCAUCAUUCUCAUUUCCUGGAUCGAGUUGCCUCGGAAACUAUACCGUCGAAAUUUUUACACGACGAAUUUUGUGGUGUGUGCAGCUGUCAUAUUUUCUAUCUACGCGUUCGUUGCAGGGGGAAAACGGGACGAGACGUUUUGUACGGAUGUGAUUACGAGGGCGACGGGUGGGACGUCGGCGAGGUGUAUGUUGCAGGGGAUGUUCUUUGUGUUUGCGGUGCAUGGGUGUUUGUUCUGGUCAUUGUUGCGGAUUACCACGCUACAUUUGAAACUCGCAUGGCAAGCCGAGGCAUUCUGGGAGCGAAACGUCUACUUCAAGUACGGAAUCGGCUGGGCCAUUCCGAUUAUCUUCAUGUGUGUCGCAACUCAUGAUAUUGAGUACACUAGCGGAUACCUCUGUACUCCCGCAAUGGGAGCCUUCGCGAAUGGCGUCCUAUACAUUCCCAUGCUCGUUUACAGCACAAUCGGGUUCCUCGUGCAAGCAGGCACCUUAAUCUACGUCAUUAAAGUCCUCUGGGAAGCGCGGAUAGCACCAUACCUGCACACCGUUGACCACCUUUCUGAAAACAGCGAGGAGCGACACCCGAACCGUCGAGAUGCGGCUGCGACUUUACUGCAGGCAGUGAGGUAUGUAUGGCAGCCGCUCUUGUACACAACGAUUCUUUUUACGGGGUCGACUAUCUGUGGCGUGCUCUGGAUUCAUAAAGCGAGGGAUCAGCCAUUCGGAGGUGAUGCGGUGAGAGGGUUGUACGAGUGUUCGAAGGCGAAUUGGGCAUUAGAAGAGUGUGAAAUAUUUGCGGAUGAUCUGGUGGCGCCGAAGCAGUUGAUUACAAUCGGGUUCUUCUUGAGUGUCUUGGGUGUGCCUCUAUUCUUCAUGGAAGCACGCAGCGAGUUUUGGAAGGCGUGGGCAUACUUUCUUUUCGGACGAUUCCCGCGGCAAUCACCCGAUCGCGAUCCACCAUGUCCCAGAUCAGACACAGAAGCGAGUGGAAGCACUGGUUCUACCGGCGGCAGCAUGGCUAAACCAACAGGCGAUACUAUCACCGCCGAAACCAACGAAAUCGAACUCGAACUCGAACCAACACCGACCCGUAACCGCCAAAAUUCCGCAAUAUCCUGGGUCGAACGGUUCCGCUACCCCUCCAUAUCAAGCCGAACCUCCUCCUCAACCGGUACGCGUCGUCCCUCUCACUGGAAUAUGGUCGGUACACCCCGUGUCGACGAGGAAGGCCAGUUCUUGGUGUUGCCGGAUGGGAGUAUCGCGCCCCUUAGUUUACCGAGUCGACCGGUGAGUGCGGCGACGGCGGUGAGUGUAGGGGAUCAGCCGAGUUUUGCGGGGCCGUAUUUUGGGAGGAAGAAGGUCCCAGACCCGUAUGAGAUUCCGGUGAGUCCGUGAGGAGUGGGAUUUUCUGUCAUUUCUUUUCGUUUACGUUUUCGUUUCGUAGCGUAUGGGACAUUGGGAGCGGGUGCAGUAUUUAUGGUGGCGUUAUGUGCUUUUGGAUAGGUUUUGUUGGACAUUUUGGCACUGAGAAGAGACAUCUAUUUUGAGGAAGCUUCAUUCACUACGUUUCUACUGGCGGCCGUGAACGCCGAGAAGACAAGCGUCGGAGCAUCAGGAGCUCGAGCGCAGCAAAGAACA